UAAAGGUCAUCUCCAUCAGCAGCUCCGAUCUUCCCCGUCAUCUCCAUUAGCACCGCCGUACGACGCCGUCCAUCAGUCUCCAUCGUCCCCGCCGUCCGACGCCGUCCAUCAAUCUCCAUCGUCCCCGCCGUCCACGCUCUCCAUCUUCCCGUCCAUCGCCGUCCCGUCUUCCAUCGCCGAUCUACGUCCCCGCCGCUGCCGAUCGACGUCCCCGCCUCUGCCGCUCGACGUCCCCGCCGCGACGCCUCCGCUCUACAAGCUCAGCUCGACAUCGCAGUACGGACGCCGUUGUACGCUCUCCAAAAAGGAGUUGAAUUGAAACCAGGAAAGCCAUACAUGCAUCAUUUCGACGGCGAUAGAGGAAGGCUCCAUGUUUCUCAGAGUGCUAAUGGUUCAUCCCAGAAAUCUAACGGUUCACUAACAGAAAGCAUACCACAAACAAAUGGUAGAAUCAGAACCCUUGCUGGCAAUCCAUUAUAUGCUGAAAGAGUUACGGGUUUCACCAUGGGAGAUAGAAGCACUUGUCACUUCGACACCUCAAACGCUCCAGCCUCCACAAAGGAACAGGCGUGCACACCCAGCAAAUUUACCUCCAUCGGUAUCUGAAUUUUCUGCGCUAGGGACAUGGAAAUCACCUGUUGAUUCUCCCCAAUCGUUCUCAUAUUGUGAUACAUCCCGUGGGGCAGAUCUCUUCCCAUCACCUAAACUCUCUUCUGGUCCAAUGGUUAUCCACCUGGCUUACGGAACUCUUGCACGAGCAUUGGACAUGAGAAUGAGUGAACCACCUACAGAUAUCAUUUAUUAG